CAUUGAUACGAGUUUCAAGCGAAAAAACUCAAAUUUCCAGACCAAAAAAAGAGAAAACAUAAAUCAGGCAAGAGAAGAAAUUACAAAAGAUUGCUUCGAAGAACUAAGUUUGACAGUUCAAGACUAUAAAAGCGCCACCCACCCACAGUCGGAAGUUAUAAAGGGAAAAUAAGCAUGGGUACUUAUCCACAGACCGUGAAACUGCUGUUCCUGUUAUGUCUGGCCAUCGCGCUAUUGGUACCUCCAGGUACAACUGGAGUUGGGCAAGAAGACAGCCCAAUUUCUGUUGGGCUGCUACAUCGCAGCAAGCGGACCAUGACUACGAUCUGCGCGGAGAUUACGCCAGGUGGUUCACAGGAUGAGCCUUAUUAUAUGUGCCGGGGUGCCAACUUUGGUGGCGAGAAUGGGCAAAAUUGUGUGAAGGUUAGGAACCAAGGCGGUCAGGGGGAGCCCUUCUAUAUGUGCCGGGGACCCAACCCAGGACUUUCGCCAGCUAUAAACUCGCAUUACGCCAUACAACAUGAUUCCGUUCACAACUUUCCAUCGGUUCCCGCCUUAGAAGUUGGGUCAACUUCACACCAGGCAGUCUCAGAAGAUCACAUUCAACAGGACCAGCCAGCAGGUUCCACGUCAUAUCAGAAGAAGCCCCACUAUCCCCAUCUUCCUCAGCAGCACCAGCCCCACGCCCAUUCAAGAUUCUACGGAAGCCACUUGGCUGCCCCUUCGUCUGUGGACAGCCCGCCAGUAGCUUCACCAGGAAUUUCAACUGGACCUGCGAGGUCUUCGAACCACCCAAACAAUAAGGAAAUGGUCGGGCACAGUCGGCAUCAAUUUAAUUUCAAAGGCGAUGUGCUGGCCGUGCCGAAUUUGGGGUUUCAGCAGGACGAGCUCAACCAAGAACUGUGCAGACCAGAAAACCAGCCCUAUCCUGAGGAUCAGUUGAUGUGGGUGUCUCUGUCACAUACGCAGGGACCCGAAAAUGAUCCGGUUAUGAAAGCUUUUUACAGUAGUUUGACAAGCGCGGGAGCCAUGGCACCAGCUGAUAACCAACCGGUUUCUGUUCCAUUAGAACCGAUAGGUAAAAUGGCGUCUGGAUACAGUCAUUUUGAUAGUCAAUACCCAGGAGCUUCUGCUCCAGCAACGCUGUCAUCUCCGCCUUCAACAUACUCUCAAGCUGAGCUUUCAGCUGACCCCAACCAACACUGCAGUGGACAUAGUGCCUCAGUACCCCCUUUUCAAUGCCUAACGCAGCCAAAUAUCGGGGUGAGCCUCAGAACCUCCUGUCCAAAUUUGCAGCCAGUUAUUAUAACCAUGCCUUGCUACGGGCAACGGCAGCCGACGCCCUACAUCGCUCUGCCGAGAACCCCACCUGGAAUAGUAAGAAGUAAAACCAAGGCAAUUCCCUUUGGUCUUGAUAAGGGUCCUAUGGUAAGUCCUUUUGGAGGUGGCUUUGGAUUGGGUAGCCAGUUUGGAAGUCCCUUUGGCAUGAAUCAGAUAGGAACCGAGGAAUAUGACAUGGAACACCAGGUGGGUGGCCCCUUCGGCAUGGGAUUGCAAUUCGGCAUGGGUUUUAACCCUUUUGGCCAAUUUGGAGCCGCUAACCCUUUUAAUCCCUUUAACAGAAUCCUAGGAGCGCCGGCUCCCAAUGUUCCAGCGCCCAAUCUCUUUCAGCGGGUACUCAAUUUUAAGCAGAGCGAUGAAAUCAGUUCGACCACAGAAGCAGCACCACAUUCUAAAGCGUACACCGUAAGAUCAGAGAAGCUGGACUUUUCUAGUAGCACUCCGACGCCUUUUACCUCAGAACACCCUAAUCCCAUUUUGGGCACGCACCAGGAGAGUUUCGAGGAUGAAGACUCUCAUGAAGAUAAUAAGGAGGUGACCACAUCCCUCCCAGCAUCAGAGGCCGAAGAUUCCACCCCUGAGAUUUCGGACAUCCUAAGCAAGGCCGCCAGUCUUCUAAGGCCCGACAAACGCAAGCGGCUCACCCAUCGCUCCAUCGGCCGCGUCUCACAAAGGCACAGAUACUUGCAGCAGUUGUAG